ACGCGAUGCCUCAGACCCAUUUUCAUUAGCAGCAAGAGAAUUUACUAGUAUGACAUACAGAAUCCCGCUACGGGGCACGUCUCCGCGCCUAGUUAAUUCGGUAUUAAAUAAACCCGGUUGGUGGGGACGCACUCAAAGCAGGAUUUAUCUAAUCCCGUAUUGAAUAAAUACCGACGAUGGAGAUUUAGUAUCUGAUCAGAUAUAAAACAACUCUAACCUGAAAAUUGAAAUAUUAUUACAUAUUUGUAGGUGAAAUAUUUAUAUUUUUUAGUACCACGUUUCUUUUAAAAGGAAAGGUUUACGUCUUAAACCAUCACAAUGGCACUGACAAGAGAAAGACGAUCAAAUGCCGGUAAUAAAAUGGCAAAAUUAUUGAAUGAAGAAGAAGACGACGAUUUUUAUAAAACGACAUACGGAGGAUUCGAAGAAGUUGAACAAGAUCAUGACUACAUGGAGGAAGACGAAGGCGAAGACGAAGUGGAUUCAGAUUUUAGUAUAGAUGAAAAUGACGAGCCUGUUUCUGAUCCAGAGCAAGAAGGGCCAAGGAAAAAACGGAGACUAGUUACGAAGGCCUAUAAGGAGCCAAAGGUGACGUCUACUCCACAGUUGACACCAAAAGUAAAGAAAAAGAGACCACCAAAAUCUACUCGACCUAUAUUGGAUAAAUCAGAGCGAAAAUCUAUUCGUCGAUCUACUGCGGCAAAAUCAGCAGCAACUCAAAGAAGACUGAAAGAAAGAAAUGAGGAUCAAAAAAAAAAAGUUAAACUUGUUCGACACGAUGUUUGGAAACCAACGCAACAGGAACUUUUAGAAGAAGCUCUGUUGACAGAGGAGCUGAAUUUAAAGUCAUUGGAAAAAUAUCAAAAACUGGAAAAUGAAAAAAAGAACACACGCUUGAUACGAAAGAUACAAACUGGCCCAAUGAUUCGUUAUCAGUCGCUAGCCAUGCCUGUGAUGGUUUUAACUGACACAUUAUUGGAAAAAGAGGAUGAAAAAAUUAAUGUAGAAGCUGACGACGAAAAAAUGAUGACCGGAAACCCAGACACCGAUCCAUCUGAAUUGACCUUGCUCCAAGAACAUAAUACAUCAAAGGAAACUUUAACCCCUGAUGCGGAAGCAAGAAGCAAAGAGGAAAAACGAGCUAAUCCAGCUACCAUAAGUACUUCUCAUAAGGAAACGGAUGUUCAAUGUGUAGAAACUGGUCUUUUCUAUGAAAGAACUUUCGUCACAUUUGAAAAUGAACAACUUUUUCUAGAAGCCUUCAAAAAGACGGCACAACUCAGACCACCAUUGAAAGCUCUAUGCUCUAUCACAAGGCUUCCGGCAAGGUACCUAGACCCGAUGACUCAACAACCAUAUAGAAACAUUCAAACUUUUCGAUUGUUACGUGAAGCUUAUUAUCAACAAUUGGAAGCUCGCAGUGAUCCAAACGACACGUCCUUAAAUCCAGAUCUCCUGAGGUGGCUGGAAUGGAGGCAAAAAUCUCAAAGCAAUGGAAUUGCCCAAAGAAGUACCAUACGUCUUGAACCGGCAUCAAUUCCAACUAUUUCUUAGCAACUUAUCGUUGUCAACCCCGCGCACAGUUUGGGCAGAAACAAUUUCCUAAAGUAAUAUCAAAAUUUCUUCGACAAACCAAUCAAGAAUUUUUGGUUAAACUAAUUGUGACCAUUUCGAGCUUGAAUGUAUGAAUGCCACGUACAGAAUCAUUGACCCGUUAUAAUGACGAUCAGAUACUUGCACUUGAGUUCAUUCGUUAGACUACCAAUUCUUAUCUUAAUCUGCCUGUUGUCACACUAGAGGCGACUUCAGAGUACAAAGCGUUGAAUAUCUAUUUAAAUAUUGUGCAUAGAAACAAAUUUCGGAGAAGUUUUGGAGAAAAAAAGUACAGAGGUGAGAUCAAAUGUAACCUAGAUUUCCACUCUGACACGCGUGAAUAAGUGGCUUACCGAACGUGAUAUUAAAGAAUUACACUAUAGUAUAUACAUUGAUCAUAUUUAAAAAAGAAAAGUCACUAAAAAUGACAAAUUGACCUAUUACGAUGGACAGCAGUUGAAUAUGUUAAACGAAACAUGUAAAUGCAUUAUAAUGCAGUCUUGAUUUCAAUAAUCAUUCCAAAGAUGAUUCCUCAUUCGUAUAAGCAGUAAUAAUAACAAAACCAGUGACAUACUUUCACUCCCUUAUUAAUUGAUUUUCCAUUCGCAUAAAUGUACUGUAUGUAUGUAUAUGUGGGUACAAGUUUACUUGCACACGUUUCUUUUCCAACACGAAAGAAUUAGUCUUCAUAACAGCGUGUAAAGAUAAUUCUUAAAAUACCUUGACUGAUGCCACAACAAUCAUAAAAAUAAAAGGUGCAUUAAAA